AAGGCAGCACGAGAUUGGAGUUGACCAACGGGAGUUUGUUCGAUUUUUUUUCAGGAAACGCACUAUCAAAUUUCAUUCCAAAAAUGUACUCCAAAGUUUAUCCUUGCAGUCUGUCCCAACUCGAACUCCCUUCAGAACAGUUGUUGUGAUGUUGGAUACCUCUUACUAAGUAAGAGCACAUGCAGCGCGUUAAUGCGGAAGCUACACCCUCUGCUCAUGCCAUCGCCUCCACUGAGAUGACACCAGGAUAGGUGGAACAGUCAGAGUCAGGGGAAUUCACUAUUUGCGUCCUCAAAGUGAACCUGAAAGGAAAAAAACAUAUUCACGCUGGAAAAAAAUAUCCCCAAAUUUCCAGUGAGCCUUCAAAAUGAGCGUGUUGGUGUGGUUGGGUCUGCUUUGGCUGCAAUGUUGCAGUGCUCACAGCCUCUUCACCUGCGAGCCAAUUCAGGUUCAUCGAUGCAUGGGGUUGUCCUACAACAUGACUUUCUUUCCCAACAUGAUGGAGCACUAUGAUCAGGAUGUUGCAGCCAAUAAAAUGGAGCCAUUUAUGCCAUUGGCAAGGCUUAGCUGUUCCCCAAAUGUUCACCACUUCCUGUGCCAGGCUUUUUUCCCGGUAUGCACUGAGGAGAAUACAGUGCUUCAGCCUUGCCGAGAAGACUGUGAGGCUGUAAUGUCCGAUUGUCGAGAGAACAUUCGGAUUUUUGGAAUUGUCUGGCCUCCUGAGCUACAGUGCGACAAACUUGACUCAUGUGGCCUUGGAGAUGACUCCAAGCUUCCUGCAACCACCCCAAUGAGCUCAACAUUUGCGAGGAGGGACUUGGGCUUUUGGUGCCCACUGCAGUUAAAAGCCAAAGCUGGCCACGGCGCAUCAUUCCUUGGAACUCAGGACUGUGCUCCACCUUGUUCCAAUAUGUAUUUUAAACCCCACGACAUUGAAUUUGCCAAGACUUUCAUUGGCGUUUGCUCCAUCAUUUGCUUGGGCGCCACUCUCUUUACCUUCCUUACUUUCCUUAUCGAUGUCAAACGCUUUCGCUAUCCCGAGCGCCCCAUAAUCUUCUAUGCAGUUUGCUACAGCUUUGUUUCACUCAUAUACUUCAUUGGCUUCCUGCUGGGCAACAGUGCAGCCUGUAACAAGGCAGUCCAUCCCAGCGGUGUGGACACAGUUGUCUUGGGCUCUCAGAGCAAAGGCUGCACUCUGCUUUUUAUGCUGCUCUACUUCUUCUCGAUCGCUGGAAUCAUCUGGUGGGUCAUACUCACCAUCACCUGGUUCCUGGCAGCUGGACCCAAGUGGAGCUGUGAAGCCAUAGAGAAGAAAGCGGUGUGGUUCCACUCUGUCGCCUGGGGAAUCCCCGGAGCGCUAACGGUCAUGCUGCUAGCUCUAAACAAGGUUGAAGGGGACAAUAUCAGCGGAGUUUGCUUCGUGGGACUUUACGAUCUGGAGGCCCUGCGCUUCUUUGUUAUCGCUCCACUGUGUGUGGGCGUCAUCGUCGGUCUCUUCCUCAUCCUUGCCGGCAUCAUUUCUCUGAACCACGUGCGGCAGGUUAUCCAGCAUGACGAGCGCAACCAGGGGAAACUCAAGAAGUUCAUGAUCCGAAUCGGUGUGUUCAGCUGCCUCUACCUGGUCCCACUGGUCACCCUGUUAGCAUGCUACACUUACGAACAAAGUCAACGCAGCACCUGGGAGAACACAUGGAUCAAUGACCACUGCCAAGAAUACAGCAUCCCCUGCUCAUAUAAGGCAACCGAGCAUGAGCGACCGGACCUCUCUCUGUUCCUUGUAAAGUAUUUGAUGACCCUGGUUGUUGGAAUAUCUGCAGUGUUCUGGGUCAGCAGCAAAAAGACUUGCUCUGAGUGGGCCUACUUUUUCAACAGGACCCGCAAAAGAGAUCCCAUCAGCGAGAGCCGCCGGGUGCUCCAGGAGUCCUGCGAGUUCUUCCUCAAGCAUAACAGCCGUGUCCAGCACAAGAAGAACCAUGACAAGUCAACCUCGCACAAGCUCAAGGUCAUCUCAAAGUCUAUGGGCACAAGCACGGGCGCCACGCCAACCGAUGGCUCCAUUGGUACAGGAGCCUCACCUCUGGGAAAUCAUGAGCUCCAUACCCAGGGCAAGGGCACUUCAAGCCGAAGCGCCAGGCGUGAUGACAGGGAGCGGGAGCGAGAAGGGGGAGGGAGACGUAGCAAAGGAGGGAGCUCCGGUAAAGUGAGCUGCCAGUCGGGGAGUUUACACAGCAGAGUACCGGAUGCAAGGAUGACACCAAAGAGUGAGCAGUCAGAGGUCAGACCAGUUCCGAUCAUACAGCAGGAUUCAGCUUUGAGUCCAUGUUCUAGCAUCGAGGACUCCACCCACCAGUUGGUGCCCAAGGUGUCUGGGGAGGAAAAGGACAAAAAUGACAGCAACUGCUGAGACACUCGGUUAACAAAAUGUCCCCGUACACUGACGGCAGGUUUCUAUGGUUCGCUUGAACUUGAUUGUAUCCGUUAGUUGAGGAAAUGUUACUGAUUGUGCACAGCCAAAAUGUAAUAUUUACAUCCACAAUUUCUAAAGUAUUUGUUUAUCUUUCUGCAUUCUGGGAGGAUUGAAGAGAUGUGGUAAUUUAGUCACGUUUUUACCUGUACGGCUCUAUGCCAACUACUAUAUUACCUGUGGAUCGAUUUGAAACAUUAAGUCUUUUGCUCAAUGGAAGUCUUAAUGCAGAAUGAUUCCCCCCCUCCAUUAAACGAAUUAGUCACUACACUGGGUAUUUUAAUGUGAGGUCAUGAUGUUUCCAAACCUUCAAUGUGAGGGAAGUGCCCCCGUGUGUUUUUUAUGUACUGUAUUCCUUUAAAGAGAGUUUGUCUCUCUCGUCUAGUUCCUGCUUUAAAAAUAAGUCGUGAUAGAAGGAGUUAAGAUGUUUGUCAUUCUAUGUUUUUAUAUAUAUAUAUAUAUAUAUAUAUAUAUAUAUCUUUCCUCUUUCUGUUUCAGUUAUUCAGCUCUUAACUGUGUUUGUUGUCCAGUGAAUGUUGGUUUUAAAUGUGUUUUUAAUUUGAGAAGUUGCUCUCAAUUUGAAAGGUAAAAGCAGAUGUUGAACAUGAUGUCAGCGUUGGCGUCCUAGUUGAAAAAUCAAUCAGUGGAAACAAAACUCGAUAAUAUGACGAUGUAAAGGCUACUUAUUUUAAAAAAGGAAUUGAAAAAUGGUCAUUUGCAAAUUUGUUACGGGAUCAUUUUUAAAAGAUAUAACAUUUAAGUACUUGAUUCAUUGUCUAAUUUACUGUUCAAGGAAUGUAUUUGUGUUCCUUAAAAUAUUGUAACCUUUCCGUUGAAGUGUCAACGUCGUCUAAAUUUGGCCAAUUAAAAGGGAGCAUUUGUGGAACUGUCAUCUGUUACCUAUGCGGAUAAUGAACUACAGCUUUCUAUUGUA